UUUAUAGCAUUCAAGCUGUUAGCUUCGUGCACGCAGCAUAACUAGAGUUUGCAGAAACAAGAAACAUAUUGAGCAUGAAAUGCCGCAAAUAACCGUAUUCGCAACUCAACCUUUAUCAAUCACUGGCAAAAUCAUAAACCAUGUUAAAACUUAACAAUAUCAGUAAGUGUAACUUUGAAAGUCGCUUGAUUCAAGAACGGAGUGCAAUGUUUUAAAUUAAUCUUCAUAUAUCUUCAUGAUGACAAUGAAAUAUAGGUGGUGGUGAUCGUGACAGAUGUUAAAGUGCAUGGACAUUCUUUUACACACACAUACAUUCAUUAUGAUAUUACACAAAGAAUGCAAAUAAAUGUGAUCAGCUAUCUUCUCAUCAUGUUGACAACAAGAUUUAAAUAUUACGCAGACGGCUUGAGUUGGCCAUCCGGCUCAUACGGCCUACCAAGACCAAUAACAGGGUGUCCUAAUUAUUGGAAAGAAGGUGUUCGCUACCAAGAUACAGAAGAUGAACAUAGCAACAAUAAAAAAUCUGGAUCGUAUCACUUAUCUGGUUCUGUUAACAGACAUGGCGUUCGCCAAGAAUUUUGUAUAAAAGAAGACAGCGUAUUUGAUGAAGUUGACUUACAGUGGCCAGACGGUCAAUACUGCAUAUUUAAAUACGGUAGUGAAUGUCCAGAAGGACUUCAUGAAGGUUGGGUAUUCUGGGAUGACGAAAAUAUCGAAGAACUCGAUGGUGGAAAUAUGGUGCAAGGAGUUGUACCAGAAGGAGUUUAUGAAAAAGACACUUUGAUAUAUUUUUGUUGCAAUAAUAAAGGCCUUAAAUCCAAACCUAUUGAAUUGCCAUUAAACAAUCAGUUUUACCUUUUGGCUUACAGAUCGGCAGAGUGUCAGCAAGUGAAGGGAGCAAAAGUGACAUCAGAGUACGUGCAAUGGGAUGAUGAAGAUAGAGGGAAUACAAACGCACAUAGUAAAUUCGUUCCAUAUGGAGUUGAGUUAGAUUCCUGGAAUACAAGAAUUUUUUACUGCUAUUACGAUACUGGUAUUUGUGGUAAACACGGCACAUUUUGUCGCAACAGUACAAUUGAUGACUCGUUUGAGCAAGAAAAAAGCGUGAUUGUUGAAAACCCAAAUUAUGACAAGGAAAAAUCCAGUACUCUUCGUAACUUUCUUGACAAACGAACAAAGGGUCAUUCAGCAGUGGCUGUCGCAAUUGGUUGUUCUGUCGCUGGUAUUAUUGUAGGAACUACAUUAGCUGUUGUACUAGUGAAAAGAUACUUGAAUGCAAAACUUGGAGGCUAUAACGGUAUCAAAGUAGACAGGAACGACGAAGAAUCUUUUCCAUUGCCAGACCACAUAUGGUAAUGAGAAUAUAGAGAAUAAAACAAUUUAAUGAUUGUAUUACAGAGACUUAUUACACAUAAGUGGUAUCAGAAGAAAAAGAGUUAAAUUUAAAAAGGAGUAUGGCAUCCUUAAUAUGGCGAUAAGGAAAUGAUUGCUUAACAAGAUAUCACGAAGAGGAAAUAGCCACCAAAUAUAACAGGCUUGACUGAACUAACUUAAAACCAAGCCUUACAGGAUUUUUUCCAUCUGUAAUUUUAUUCAUAAUUUUUACAUUAGUUUUCUUACCAUUUGUAAAUAAUUACAACACACGUGUAAAAGACAAACUAUUUUGUACUGUAUAUGGACAUAUAUAUAGAAUUGUCUACUCCUAAAAGAUUUUUUGUUUCAUCACAAAAUUGCAAAAUAUUACAUUAAAAGGUA